GCGUUUGAAGAAGAGGAAUGUAUUCGACAGUGGGCAAACAUUGCUGGUAGCUUGAAAACACACACAAACACACUGACAUACAGCUCCCGAGGGUUUCAUUUGGAAUUUAGGACAUCCUGUCUCUGCUGUGCUGCUCCUGAUCAAACAGCUGUCCACAUGGCCCUCCUGUGCUGCUGCAUGCUGGUGCUGCUGGGUGGUUUGGGCUCCGCUCGGGCCACUGCUGACCCCGACAUGGACUACGGCGGCGUCCCCCUGUGGAUCAACCGCCUGCUGGGCGAGCCCAGCGUCAUGAGUCUGCAGGGCCGGAUGGACCCGGCCUGGUUCAGAGCGAACAACCCCCAGGCCUGCCCGCAGCAGUGCGACUGUCCGAUCCAGUGGCCCACGGCUCUCUACUGCGACCACAGAGGUCUGGCGCACGUCCCCGACAGCCUGCCGGGCAGAACGCAGUACCUCUUCCUCCAGGCCAAUAACAUCUCAUCGCUGUCCUCCUCUGUCCUCGCCAACGUUACUGAUCUAUACUGGCUGAUCUUGGACCACAACCAGCUCCAGAGUGAUAAGCUGGAGCACGCCUCCCUGCAGAACCAGACCCGACUGCGCUACCUUUUCGCCAACCACAACCGCCUGCGGUCGGUCCCCGGCGGUCUGCCGGCCGGACUCCGGCAGCUGCGGCUGGCCCACAACCGAAUCAGCAGCAUCAGCGCAGGCGCUUUCAAGAACCUGCACAACCUGAGCGUGCUGCUGCUGCAGGGGAACCGGCUGCAGACCAUCGCAGAGGGAGAGCUCGGAGGUCUGGGAAGUCUCAGUCUUCUGGACCUGAGUGGAAAUCGUUUCUCAUCCGUCCCAAGAUAUUUACCUUCCUCAGUCCAGCAGCUCUACCUGUCAAACAACUCGCUGUCUGGCCUGGACGCAGACAGCUUCGCAGGAUUCCUGGACCUGAAGUAUCUUCGUCUGAGUCACUGCGGUCUGCAGAGCAGUGGCGUCCACUCAGGGGUUUUCAACUCCUCCAGCCUGGUGGAGCUGGAUCUUUCCUAUAACAAGCUGACUUCCAUUCCCACAGUGCCCACCACGCUGCAGUACCUCUACCUGGAAGCAAACACAAUUCAAGAGUUCAACGUAACAAGUUUCUGCAGAGAGGUGGGACCGCUGUCCUACUCCAGGAUGAAGAUCCUCCGACUGGACGGGAAUGAACUGUCCUACCAUCUGCUGCCUGCUGAUUGGGUCUUCUGCCUGCGAGUGCUUCAUCGUAUUUACAUUUGAUCGCUUCUCAAAUACGAUCUAACGAGCGAGUGCUGAGCACGACUGGUCCAACUCAGCUCAAACUGCGAAGAAGAAAACGUGUCUCAGCUUUAGGCUUCUGCUUUGUCUUCCAAGUCAGCAUCUGUGAACUCAAAUAACUGUUUUAAAAGCUUCAAAAAAUAAUGAAAUGUCUUCA